UUAAUUACCAGCGACGCCAUGGAUAGGCUGCUCUCACGGUGCCCUCUGCCAGGCUACCCUCGGCCCUCUGUCCUUAUGUGCCUCCUGAUCCUGACAGCUUCUUUCCUGACAUACCCCAUGCUCAGGACCCUUAGCCUGCAGCUCCAUUCAGCUGUCACUGGCAGUUAUGUCUCCGGCACUUACUCCAUCGUCUUUGUCAACUGUCCCAACGAGCAAAUUGCCAGAGAUAUUGCCAGGGGCAUCCUGGAUAAGAAGCUGGCUGCCUCUGUGAACAUCCUACCCAAGGCAUCCUCACUGUACUUUUGGAAAGGAGAAAUAGAAGAAGCCACUGAGAUCCUGUUGUUAAUAAAGACAAAGACUUCCAAGAUCCACAUGCUGUCCAGCUAUGUCAGGUUGGUGCAUCCUUUUGAAAUCCCGGAGAUCUUCAGUCUUCCCGUGGACCAAGGAGAUGUGCACUAUUUAAAGUGGCUGGAGGAGGGCAUGGAGGACUGAGUGGGGGAGGUUUUCUGUGGAUGCUGCUGGCUGCCUCUAGCCUUCAUCAGCUGCACUCUGGGGAAAAGGCGGCCUGUUUCUGCCUCCCAGCAUCUCUGGAUGCCAUGUUUGCCAGCACAGAGGAGCUAAGUAACUGUGGAGGAGGCUGAAGGUCCGAGGCUCCUGAGGCUAGAAGAGGAGGCUGGGCCAGUGAGGCCCAGCAAGAACCCAGUGGAACUUGUCUCUGAGUACGUCAUGCUUACAGGUGGCCAGGGGGUAGGAGGGCAAGGAUGGUUGUGUGUAGGGGACAAGGGGAGGAUGGCAGUGAUCUUCACUAGUCACUGGGCCUACCUCAACUGUUUAGGGUAGAAUUACUCUCCUGGUUCUCAGGUGGAGAAAUAGACCUGAUGACCUGUUUACCUAGAUGGGUGUGGGACGAAGGUCACUUUCUAGCGGAACUGGCAAGCACUUUCUUUAUUCAGAAGGAUGGAUUGUGAAUGGUGCACUUUCAGGGAGAAGCAGGAUUAUUCCCCCUAGCUAAGGGUGGUGGUGGUUAUUCCUGAGUCCUGAGAAGUGGGCCUGGGGAUGGGCUUCAGGAGUGUGUGUAGGAAUGGAAAUAUUAGCACUUAGUGACUUCCCUGGCCUGAAUAUGACAGACAUCAGAAGGUUCAGGUGCCUUGCUCAGCAGUGACAUAGGUUCUGAGCCCACCAUGCUAACCUUUUAACUUGAGCGUUGAAACUGAAUAUCCUAAAGUAGGAAAGAACCCUGGGGAACUUCUAGACCAGUGUUUCUCACUGCUCUACAGAGCCCACAGAGCCCAGAGGUUGACAGGAGUUACAGGGACUGCUUGCCCACUCCCCCCAUACUUCAGCCAGUGCAACUGUACCUAUAUUAAUGUAUUGAGUGCUCUUCUGAGAUUUAUAAAGCUUUUUAAAAAGUUUUCUUUCUUAAAAGUAUAAACCAGUGGUUUAAGCCAGUCUCCAUUUCAUAGUUUUACUACAGAGAAUGGAACUGCACUGAGGUCCGGGAAGGGGGUGGCUGUCACUGACGGGGCAGCCCAGGCUGCUUACCCUGUGUCCGGCGAUCGGUCCGUUCCCAGGAGAGGGCAGGGAAAGCCAGGCCUCCCGUAGGGUGGAGGACUUGACCUGGGCCCCCCCAGGAACCUGUCACAAGGUAACUGCACACUGAGGAACCCAUGGCAGUUUGGGUGAGGGUCCCAGACAUCUGUGGUAUCCAGGCCUUUCUUCCCAGAGGGAAUGGUGUGUGGGAGGGGUUAGUGUUAGGCUGUAGUUCUGACACCUGCUGCGCUUCUUGGACCUUAGUUCCUCCAAAUAUAAAAUGGGGGAGGAUCUCCAAGGGCCCUUCUGUGAAGACCUGGUAGGGACGCCAGGCUGAGGCCCUUCCAAAUGUCCAGAGCAGGGGUGGGGAAUGUCCAGCCCACAGGCCAUAUAAGACCUCGAUCAGUACCAGCUAACCUCACAUGCCUCAUCAAAUUAGCCUGACCAAAUAUAGCAGGCUAGUUUUUAAGUGGAUAAUUUUGUAUGGUCCGCAAAUAUAAAUAUCCAAAUGGCCCUUGGCAUAAAAAUGGUUUCCCAACCCUGGUCCAGAGAAUUCUUUUUUGAUAGCCAGUGGGGAUUGUGGCGGGCUGCCUCAGGAGAACAAAGAGAAUGAUAUUGAUGA